UUUUAACUGUACCACGUUAAAUUGUUUCCAUAAUUCCUUUACGGUGUUCAUAUGAACUCAUAAAAGACAUUAAGAACGAAACAUAAAGACAUAAAGAUGACCUUUAAUGCGCGUGUUUAUACAUUAUAUGUGUUCUGGGUGGUUUCUGUUUCCUUUCCGUGCUGCGAAUGCAUUAUCGGUGGCUCCGAUGUGGAAUCCGAACGAGAACCCGCCUUUCUGGUGGCUGUGGUAAAGCGGAAACACGAGCUGCAUUGCGGCGGUACGGUGAUCAAUCCCUGGUUUGUCUUAACGGCUGCCCACUGUUUCUGUGAGGAAGGCGUUUUCGUCAACACUUGUCCCACUGUAGUUACCGCCGAGCAUGCAAGGAUUUGGUCGAACGAAGCCCGCUCUCAUCUGCAGCCGGUGUCAGAAGUACACUUCCAUCCUGGAUUCAGUUGCGAAAAUUUCGAUUUUGCAGUACCCAACGAUGAUGUGGCACUUUUGGAGCUCUACACUCCACUUCCAGUUAAACCCAUUAGUCUGCGUUCCAUAUCCUGGGAGGAACUGGCCAAUCAGCGCGUGGAAUUGACCGGAUGGGGUGCAACAGUUGCGGAGGAUAAAACUGCAAGCGGCAUUCUGCGCACAGUACAGACGGAAGUGGUGCCGCCAAAUGAGUGCCGGGAUGCAGUGCAUGCGUUCCAGGUCUUCGCGUCCAAUGUCGAGUGGAGGGAGGAAAUAAACGAAGGAAAACUGCAAUAUUACGAGGAAAGACAGCUGUGUACCAAAGGCUUCAUGGACGGUCACCCGGCUGAUUCCGCACACGGUGAUAGUGGCGGCCCGGUCAUACUCAAAAUUCCUGGAGAAAAACCAGUUUUGAUAGGAAUUAUUUCCAGAAGUUUGAAUGGUACGCCGGGUGAUAAGACGAAUCCCAGUAUUAACGUCAAUAUCACGUAUUAUGAAGACUGGAUUGCCGAGGUCAUUGCCUCUAGUCCGGCCAUACCUUUCGCCGAGGUGAAAAACGCAUCCUUAGUGGAUACAGUGAUUGCGGCGAUUGUCAACCUUAGCGCUUACACGCUAGACUGGAUGACAGUGUUCGACGCUUUGUAUCCUCUCGCAUCCAUGUUGUUGUUAUUGGCCAUCUUGGCCGUGCCGACCGAUGACGUUCUUUUCUCGAAAACCUGGUGGUGGCACUGGUUAUUUGGCGUAGCGCCUGCUCCAACGAAUCUGAAGUUGUUAUUUGCGUUAACUUGGAUUUUUGCGAAAGUUGCAGUUGUUCCCGCUGUCUGCAUCCACAUUGACCCUUUAUUAUGGGAACUGAGAACGGCGCUUAUAACCAUCUUAUGCUGCGUUACCGAGACGUUGCUGAUUGUCGCGAAAGGUGCUUCUCUAUGGAUGCAGCAAACGGAUAAGCAGAUUAUCCACAGUAAUGUCUACUCUGGAGAGCGACAAUUAAACGAAACAUCAACCGACAAGGCCGUUGUGGAAAUCAAUUUAACUGGACUAGAAAGAAAUGUCGGGUGCUAUGUGGAUCGACUUAAAGAAUUUGCACGAGUAUUUAGCCAAGAGUCACACGAACGGCUUGUAAAAGUAAUGGAUAGGUUUCCCUUUGAAGCUGGUAUAAACGUUAGUUCUGUCUUAAAAUUUUCGACGGACAAAUGGAACGAUGCUAAUCAAUUUGUGCCCCUUGGGAUCAAAUAUCCAUUAGCCGAAGAAGGCGGACCCACGUUGCAUCGUCUCAUCUCCGUCAAACGCGCUGUUCACUACGCUAAACAGAUACUGGAGGCACUGGAAUUUUUACACGCAAAGAGAAUCAUUCAUGGCGCUCUGGAUCUAAACACGGUUUUCGUUAACGACAAGCAUGAUAUCAAAAUCUUUGGUUACUUGGACAGAACCCACCGGCAAAUACACGGAGCAAAGUAUCAGAGCAAAGAAAUUAUCUGGGAAGCCUUUAUGUCACCGGAAUGUCUUACCGAACUCUCGCAGGUAGUAGAGGAGUCCGUGUCCCAUAAAAGCGAUAUCUGGAGUUUCGGCUGCAUCAUGGUGUACCUGCUAACGGAUACCUUCACGAUGCGUACGAACCACGCCUACCAGCGCGAUGAGUACUCUAUCCGGUUUAAGGUCAACGGCGGUGACUACGUAGCACGGACAGCUGGGACAGUGCGGGAUUUUGGUAGACUUCAGGGACAUUUAAAUUACGAUGCUAUAAACAACGAGAUCCUGCGUGAGACACUGCGCUACUGCUUUCGGAGCCCAACCAUCCCGCCAGAGUUACACAGCAUAUGGGACGCUUCAGCUGCCCGCGCUAACAUGGCAAUCAUACGACUAUAAAAGCUCUGUAUUAGGGGCGCUUUGGAUGACCUACUUUCAAACGAGUUUCACUAGGAACGCUAUAAUCUGCUGUUGGUUGGUUAAAAUUAUGGUGUGUACUUCUGUGUACAGAGUAUGUUUGUGAUUCGGUAGAAGUACCUAAUUAAGCAGCCGAAAGGUUGGGGACUCUGAAACUCUUUUAACUGGAUGAUGCAAUUAAGUGAGCGAUCUUUUCACACGCCAAACAAGGAAUGUG